GACAGCCUCCUCAACGGAAUAAUCAUUGUGUGCGUUGUUUGCGCCCUAACGUUUUUCAUUGUAAUACUAUACAAAUACCGAUGUAUGAAGAUCCUCCUGGGAUAUAUGAUUCUGUCAAGUAUGUUGUUGUUGGGCUUUCUUUGCUCCAUCAUGUUUGAGGUUGCCAUUGAUAGGUACGAAUUAAAUGUCGACGUCUUGUCCUUUUAUUUUUUUCUGUACAACUUUUCGGUUGUUGGGACUGUCGCCAUAUUUUUCGGCAAGGGCAUCCCGCCGUUCGUCACUCAAGGGUAUUUGAUUGCGACUUCGGUAAUUGUGGCUUGGCAACUAGCUUUUUUUGAUGCUUGGACGGCGUGGGUACUGCUGGUGCUGUUGGCUCUGUACGAUUUGUUCGCUGUGUUGACGCCGUGCGGUCCUCUUAAAGCCCUCGUCAACCUCAUGCAACAAGAGGACGCUCCCGAUAUGCCUGGGCUAUUGUACGAAGCCUCCGGACGAAAUUCGAUUAAAUUGGGCCUGGGUGAUUUCAUCUUCUAUUCCAUUCUUGUUUCCAAAGCAGCUAUAUACAGCUUUGCUACCUUUGCUGCUUCAUCUUUGGCCAUUUUGGCAGGUCUUGGGUUGACACUGCUGCUGCUCGCCAUUCGAGGACAAGCCUUACCCGCUUUGCCCAUUUCUAUCUUUUUGGGUGUUGUCUUUUAUCUUACGACUCGCUACGUCCUCGAGCCUUGGGUCGAAGAGUUGUUUCUACAUCAAGUUUAUAUUUGA